AUGAGAAGACCUGUUAUCCUCAGUGGCUCGUCUCAUCCUCAGUUAACACAACAAAUAUGUGAUCGUCUAGGCAUCGAACCUGCAAAGUCUCGUUUAUCAAAGUUUAGCAACAACGAGACAAGCGUAGAGCUUUUUGCUAGUGUACGUGAACAAGACGUCUUUAUUGUUCAAUCAGGAUGCGGUCAUGUUAACGAUAACUUUAUUGAGCUUUUAAUCAUGAUUCAAGCUUGUAAAACUGCUUCUGCUCGUAAAGUCACUGCUGUUAUCCCCUUCUUUCCUUAUUCAAGACAACCUGAUGCACCUUUCAAACGUUCGGGAACGCGUCAAGCUACUGUGAAAAAUAACAGCAAUAAUAACAACAACAAUAACUGUCAACAAAACAUGAAUGGAAACAUAAAUAAUGAUGGAUACAAGCAAUGGGUAGUAAGAUCUGGAACCCUAAUAGCCGAACUUUUGACUUGUGCAGGUGCGGACCAUAUCAUCACAAUGGACUUGCAUGAUCCUCAGUUCCAAGGCUUUUUUGAUUGCCCUGUAGAUAACCUGUCUUCAUUACCUUCUAUGGCCAAAUAUAUACAUUUUAAUAUUCCAGACUAUAAAGAAGCAGUUAUUGUGUCUCCUGAUGCAGGUGGAGCAAAGAGAGCUACGUCUAUUGCAGAAAAAUUACACAUGGACUUUGCAUUGAUCCACAAAGAACGCCGUCGUCCAGACAAAUCACAAAAACAUGACCUGAUGUUGGUUGGUGAUGUCCGUAAUAAGGUCUGUAUCCUAAUUGACGAUAUUGCAGACACUUCCUUCACCAUCACAAAAGCCGCUAAAUUGCUGCAUGAAAACGGCGCUGUCAAGAUUUAUGCACUUAUCACACAUGCUAUCUUGUCUGGUGAUGCAAUCGAUCGUAUCCACUCAAGCCAUUUGGACCAUGUCAUUGUCAGCGACAGUGUGCCUCAGGAUGAACACGUGAAAAAGUGUAGCAAGAUCCAAAUCUUGCCGGUGGCUCCCUUAUUUGCAGAAGCAAUUAGAAGAAUUCAUUUUGGUGAAAGUGUCAGUGUUUUAUUUGAUCCUUCCUAUGAAAUCUCUUGA